AUAUAUUUAAGACGUGUGUUGAAGCCUCUAAGAGCUUUAAAAAAGCAUGGAUAUUAAGGUUUCAAAGUUUAUUGAAACAUUGAUAGAUUGUUUUUCUACGUUUAAUGAGAAUUCAAAAAACGAGUUAAAAAUCUUGUUAUCUAGAGAUGAUGGCUUUAAAUUUGAUAGUUUGAGUGGUCUUUUGGAUGAUUUAGACUUUGUAGAUAAAUUUUCUCAAGAAACAAUUCCUGGCUUUGAUCAAUUGAUCAACAGUUUUGAAUGUUUUCUUUCGGGAAUUUAUGAAGAUAAGGUGUUUUUAGAGUUGGAUUAUAUUUUCUUGGAAACACUUGCUAGAACAGCAUACAAAAUUGAUAAUUAUUAUCUAAAAUUAAAGCUUCUUAGAAUUAUUUUGAUAUGGUUAUAUAAUUAUCCUGAUUCAAAAAAUGAUGCUCAUUCAAGUUUUAUUAUAAAUCUUUUAAAUACAUCCUGCGAUGCUUUGGAGAAUAUUUGUUUAAGAAGAAUGGCAUUAGCUAUUGUUAAUCGUUUAAUUAAAAAAAAUGUUAAAAAUAAGCAAACAAUUAUGGAUAAAAAUCAAUUUUUUAAUUUAAAGGAAAUUGGAAGGUCUAUUUUAGUUUCUGAUGAUUUUAAAAUACAGGAGCUUUCUGCAGAGCUUGUUCAUGAGCUUUUGCCUCCAAGAAAUUCUCCAUUGGAAUUUUACAAUAGAAGAUUUGAUUUGUUUUUUUCUUUAAACAGUCUUUCUGAGGAUUUAAAGGCUGAAUUUUUUGAGAUGCAAAAUUCGGGCUGGGUAUACUCUCCUAAGUGGUUAACAUCCUUAAACAUUGAAAGAAACUGUAGUUCCUCACCUUUAACAUUUGAAUGCAUUUAUUUAAAAUUUGGAGAAAGUAUGUUUAAUUCUCCUGAUAAUAAUGGAAUUUUAUACGUACAUCUUUCUCAUAACUUUAUUACUAGUGUUAUCGUUGAUUCAAAAAAUGAGAAAAAAUUAUUAGAUAUAGCUUUAAAGAAUAUUGAAGAAAUUCGAGAAUCUGAUAGUCAAAUUGUUUUAAGGUUAAAGGAAAUUCUAGACAAUGAUUCUAUUAUAGGUGAUGAAUUUAAUUCUUUUGAUAUAAUAGAAUUUUAUUUUGAUGAUAAGCCUGAAACUGGCAUAAUAAUUCAAGAAAUAGUUAAAAGAAUAAAGAGAAAUAUGAAUUUAGGUGCUAAGAUUAAGUGCAGUAUGAUAGAAUGUCCUAUUAGUUUGAGGUUUCAAGAAAGUAAUAUUUGUCAUUCAGAUGAUUUCUUCUCCCAACAACGGAUAAUUGACAUGGAUAUAGAUAAAAAUAUUAAUAUUGUUGAGGAAAAUUCAUUUCAGGAAAAUAAAUUUGAAAAUUCUAAGUUUUUAGAUGCUAAUGAAGAUACGGAGAAUAAAAAAGCGUCUUCUAUUGAUUUUGAUGAAACUAAGGAAGUGGAACAUCAACAGUCUGUUGAUUUUUGUCAUCUAGCUAAUAAUAAUUGUUCAUCGGUUACAAAUUCUUCUCUUGAAAAGUCCAAAAAGACCGAAAAUAAGCCUUUUUUAAGGGUUUCUACACAAGUAAAGGACUUAUUUUCUUUGGUUACUUUAGAAAACAAUAACAAAAAUGUAUCAAGAGAUAUUAAAUUACCUGAAAAGAUGAAGAAAAAGUCUGAAGGUUUGAAAGAAUUAACAAAUAUUUUACCACCUUUGGAUGAAAUUUCAAAAGUAGAUAAGAAUGCCAAUUCUAGUAUAAAACAAAAAAAGAAUGCUAAUGAAAAUAUUAAUAUGGAUAUAUAUGAUUUCCCUUUUGAUGGAGCAUUUCGUUUUAAUAGGUCACAAAUUAAUAAGUCAAGAUCUAAGAAAAAAUAUAUGUUAAAAUCUAAUUUUCCUACUCAUGCUCCUCAAAAAAAAUGCAAAAUUAAAAAUAAAUCACAAGAAACAAAUAAGAGGUAUUCUGAUAAGGAUUCAGCUACGAAUGAUUAUUCGUCUGCUACUGAUUAUGAUAUUAUUCCUGAUGAUUUUUUGAGAAAUAAAAAUACAAAAAGACUCAAAAAAACUGAUAAAACUAUUGCCAAAAAUAUGUUGCAUCAGGACAAGAUGUCUAAUAAUAAAGAAUCUCUGAUUAAAGAAAAAUUGCCUCAAUCAAAUAAGUAUUCUUUAAAACCAUCUAAGAAAAUUCCUAAGGAUGUUAAAAAUGAUUUGAGUGAAUUAUCAGAUUCUAGUAGUUUAAGUGAAUUAUCAUAUUUCAGUGAUUCUAGUGAAUUAUCGGGGCCUGAUGAUGCUAUGAUGGAUUUAAUAUUAGAAAAAAAUACCCCAGAUGAAUUUAAAGUUCACUCUUUAAAAUGUCAAGAAGAUAUCAAGGAUAAUUGUGAAUCAUUUUCAAUUAAAACUCUUCAAUCUGAAAAAAAAAAGGAUUCUACUUUAAUUGAAAAUUCAUUGUAUAAAAAAAAUAAUGGAGUAUGUAAUGAUAUUCGGAAAGAUGAUAAAAUGAACAUUGAGCUUAUGGAUGAAUAUUCUCAGUCUGAACCUCAAAUUAUAGUAUGGAGCAAGGAUGGUCCUUUAAAUAAUAUAUGUAAAACAGAAAAUAAUUAUAAAAAGCUGGAUAAUUUAUCUAAAAUAAAAGUAUCUGGAAAUAAAUUUUUAUGUGAUUCUGAAAUUGAUGUUUCAAAAUUAUCUGUGGUAAAUGAAAAUAUAAAAGAUGUCAACAUGAAGUAUUUAUACCCUAAAGACUUUAUUGCAAUUGAUGAGAGUAAAACAAAGAUUGAAAAGGAUUUUAAAAAUUCCAUAUCUAACAAUUUUUCAUAUGAAAUACCUAAGAACUUUGAUGAUGUUUUUAUUGCUACAAAUGAUGAGUCGUUUCCUUGUGUUAAUGAUUCUGCUAUUAAUUCUUUAAAUAUGUGUAAGAAAAAUGAUGUUUUCGACGAAUAUGUAAAUCCUAAUAAUUUUUAUAAUAUUUUGAAUGGUUAUGGUUUAUUGUCUGGAAUAAAAAUUGAUGAUAUUAAGGAUUUUUCUGAAACUGACUUGGAUAAGGCAUUCAUUAAUCUUGAUUCUACAGAGCAAUUUUUAGAACUUUCAAGCCAAGGUGAUUAUGAUUCUCAAUUAAAUAAUUCCGAUAUAGAAUGCAAUGAUGAUGUUUAUAAUAAAUGCUUUUAUAAAUCGAAAUGGAAAAGAAAAUUGCCUCAACAUCAUAAAAAAACUUUAAGUUUACUGAUGGAUAUUGUUCAAAUAAUUAUAAAUAAGUUAAUAACUUAUGAAUUGAAUAUAAAUGAUUAUGUGCAAGACUUUAAGGGCAAUAUAAAUAAAAUUAUAGAAGCAUUGAAUAUGGUUCGUUAUGAUAAAAAGCUUAAUAUUGAGAAUUAUUUUUUUUUUCGAAAUGGUUGCAAUAAAAGAUUUGUUAAUCAUUUGAAUGGUGUCAAAAAACAUAAAAAAGUAUCAGAAAACAUCAAAUUAAAUAUAAAAAAAGGAUAUUUAGCUCGGAAAAAUAUAAUUGAUAAUUUUUAUAAUAAUAUUUCAAAUAUUUAUUAAUUUUGAAUCAUAUAGUUACUUUUAUAUUCGUUGUGUUUGUUU